CAUUGGAUUGUGUGUAAUUAACCACAUGAUCUGUUUUGUGAGAAUAAACAAGGAAAGCAAAAGCUGUGAUCUUCACUGUACUGUUGGGAGUACGUCCCAGAAACCCACAAUCUGACGCCAUUGAAGAACCUCGAGGGGAAGAUGCACAUUCAAUUCUGGGACAUUUCUUCUUCUUCUUGGAUCAUCAAGGGAAAAUUCCCAUUUCGCAUUUCACUCUUUUAGGUAAUGUGAGUCGCUGAUUCUUUGAAUGUUCUGUAUUUGCCUUGAAACUCUUGAUGAUUCUGGUUUCUGGGUCUCUCCUUUUGCGGCUUCCUCUUGUUUAUAUUGUUUGAUUUGGUUCUCUGGGGCUGAAGUUUUCAAUAUUGAGAGUGUUCUUUGCCAAACCCAACUGGGAAAUUCUGUGGGAUCAAGAUUUGCAUUGAAGAACAGAUUGAUUAUCCGAGUGAAAUAGUUAUGUCGGUCUAAUUUAUGGUAUAAACAAGGAAGUAUCUGUUUUCAUUUUGGGACUGGUAGGAGCCUAGAUUGUGUUUAGGCUUCCCAUAUUUAAGGUGGGGCAAGAAAAAAGAGAAUGAAGUUAGAUUCUUAUUGUACUAUGCAAUGAACAGGACAGUGGCAGAAACUGAUGUGUUGAUUAAUACUCUUUGAUCAUAUUGAGGCUCAUAAUUCUUUGAAUGGUGGAUCAUAUGGCAUAAUCCUUUGGUCUAAGAAGAUCAAUCUCGGAGGGCUCAGGGAACACUUUUAUUGUUUGAGAAGAUAUGGCUGCAAAACUUCUACAUUCCUUGACAGAUGACAAUCCUGAUUUGCGCAAGCAAAUAGGCUGUAUGACUGGUAUUCUCCAUCUGUUUGAUCGUCACAAUGCGAUCGCCACGAAGCAAAUUAGUCACAAGAGGCUCCCACCCGGCCAUUCUGGUGACAUGGUUAGCACUGUACAUCACCAUGAGAAAGCCACUGAGUCGAGCCUGAAUGAGAACACGAACGACAAACAAAGUGUGGAUACAGAAUCAUCCGGAGACUCUCUCUCGUCCUGUUCAUCAUCUUUGUCCUCUCUGGUGUGCAACAAAACUGCAGAACUAGAAGCCAGGAUCAAUGUUCUUGAAAGUCCCUCUAGCUAUUCAGAGAGGCAACCAUUCAAUAUCAAACAUGUAGUGAAAGACUCUAUACAUAGAGAAGUAAGAACGUCGUUCAUUAAAAUGACCGAUGUGGACGACUUUGAUCACGGUCCAAGACACCCUCCUAUGUUCAAAUGUGCAGAGAUUUCUUCAAGAGUUGCAAGAAACCGAAAACAAGAAAUUCAGAUCGAUAUGGAGGAGUCUUUUAGAGUUCUUGCUAAGCUAAAAGAUGCAUCCAGGAACUUCAAUGAAGCUACUACAGGAUGUCCAAGAUCAUCUUAUGAGAAUGAAGCUAAACGUGGAAAGAGUUUAAUUUCCCGGGAUUCUCCGCGACUUUCUUACGACGGUAGAGACCGAAGUCGAUCCUUUGAAUCAAGAAGCCUCAAGUCCAGUCCUAAACUGAAAGAGCUCCCUAGACUCUCAUUGGACAGCAGAACAACUGUCUGUAGGAAUGUUCCAAAUAGUAGCUGCUCUACUGACAAAGCCCCUGAGCUGCAUCAGAAGCGGCUGCCGAGUGUUGUUGCAAAAUUGAUGGGUAUUGAAACGUUGCCAGAUUCAUUAUUGGCUACAGAUACCCAAUGUGGUGGUGGUGAAUCUUCUGCAAAACCAUUAGAAUCUAGAAAUCUGAAAAGCUCACCACGGCAGACAAAAAAUCUUGAUCUGAUUAAGAAACCUAUUCCAAAUUCAAGGCUCCCUAUUGAAACUGCACCUUGGAGGAAGCUAGCUGGAGCUCAAGUUCCUAAAAGCACAGCUUUUAGGCCUGGUCCAGAACCAAGCUCCUCUGCUUACGGUGAGGUCGAGACAAGGCUGAAAGAUCUUGAACUUCAACAGUCCAGUAAGGAUCUUAGAGCACUUAAAAAGAUACUAGAAGCUAUUCAAACUCGAGCACUAUUCGAAAUUGGGAUGGAAGAACAAGGUUCAGUAUUUGGAAUUCAAAGGAACCAAGAACCAAGUUCUUCUAGUUCUAAUCAAAAGACUAGAUUGAUGAGCCAACGAAACAGACGGAGCAAUGUAGCUGAAUCUCCAAUUAUCAUCAUGAGACCUGCUAAACCUGUUGAUAAGUCAGUUAUAUCAACCUCAAUGAUUCCGAUGGAUCGCUUUCCCGUGCUCCAUAAGCUCCGAAACGAAGGAUUUCAGGAUAGUAAAAAAGGAUCUAGCAAUAGCCAAACCAGAGCACGCUUUCUUAAGAACACUCAAAAGGACCUUCCUGUCGUUACCUCUGAGAAGAAGCCGAUUCCUAGACAUAUAAGAUCACCUCAAACUUCUUCAAAACCGCAAGUAGUACUUAAAGAAAGCACCUCGACCACGAGCUUGAUAAAAAGUUCAGAUUCUGUUAGUCCAAGACUGAGACUGAGGAAGGUCGAGGUGGAGAAACGAUCCCAUCCACCUAAAUCUGACGCAAACAAACCGAAAAGGAAAACGAAGGAGACAAAGUCUUCCAAUAUAAGACAAUGCGAUGAGCAAUCAAGUGAGAUGAGCAAUGAAUCAAAAUCUUUAAGCUGCCAAAGUGAUGACAUGACUUCAAAGAUGGAUAUUGAGGUCCAUAGCAGCAUACAAUCAACCAAGACCGACGUCAACCAGAGGCAAGCGAUGGAGGCUGCUGAAUUAUUGACAACCAGCUCAGUUAAAAAGUUAUCAAUGAUGGCAAUCGGUGAAGACGGGUCGACAAUAGAACAAGAUGCACUAGCAGUAGAGCAUCCCAGCCCUGUCUCUGUCCUUGAUGGCUCAUUAUAUAGAGAUGAUGAACCAUCUCAUGUAAAAAAAAUCACAACCAUCCUUGAUGCCUCUCUGAAAGGUGAUGAUUGUCUAGAUUCUAAUGAGAGGCAUAGCGAAGAUCAAUGCAAUCUUUCAGACGACAUCUUUGUUAAUCGUUCGGUUUUAAAUCAUAACGUGGAGAUUGACAAUAUGAAAUUUGAAAAUAUUGAUGAUCUGAUUCAAAAGCUUAGACACUUAAACUCACAUCAGGAUGAAGCGGAAAAAGACUAUAUUGCAUUGUUGUGUGAGAAUACCAACCCGGAUCACCGAUACAUUUCCGAGAUAUUGUUAGCUUCCGGCCUUCUACUCCAAGAUCUUGGCUCGGACCUGACCACGUUUCAGCUUCAUCCUUCUGGUAAUCCGAUCAACCCAGAGUUAUUUUACGUUUUGGAGAAAACGAAGGCCAGUAGUUCGCCUGCUAUAUCUUCCUAUUCCAACAGGGAGCGCAAGCUCAUAUUUGAUGCUGUAAAUGAGAUACUUGUUGAGAAUUUAGCUGUCAUUGAUGGUGGUGCUCCUGAACCAUGGUUGAAACCAACAAAGAUUGCAAAAGAAGCUCUAAGUGGACAAAUGAUUUUGAAGCAAUUGUGUAAUGAAAUAGAACAGUUACAAUCCAAGAAGUUCGAAUGCAACUUCGACAGAGAGAAGGAUGACUCGAAAAGCAUUCUGCAAGACGAUGUGAUGCGCCAGCCGAGGCGUUGGACAGCUUUUCGUGGUGAUAUCUAUGACGUCGUGUUGGAUGUCGAGCGCUUGAUUUUCAAAGACUUGGUUAAUGAGAUUGUUAUUCAGUGAGGUAGAACUUUGGAAGAUAAAGCUAUAAGGUAUGCAUUAGCUAGUUUGCUUGCAUUCCCUCUGGUUUUUCCUUCAUAUAUUUGCUUUCAUAGAGUGACCACAUGAACUUGUGCUCUUGCUUCCUCCUAUUUUUUGGUGUCAAGCUCAAUAAUUUGUGCUUAUUAGCAGUUCUGAGCUGGUUGGUGGUUGUGCAAUACUUGACUACAAGAAUCAAAAUCAAUGAAAAUAUUUUGUUCCUACUUCA